UUUUUUUUUUUUUGAUAGUUUACGACAAAUAUUAUUCGCCGUGACGACCUCCUCGAUCGCAUCAUCGCCUUCCUACCCCUCCGCCCCACCGGCCGCCGCUUCCGCUCCUUCGUCUCCUCCCCGGCUUUCCUCUCUCCUCCACGCCCAGUACUGACCUUUCCGCCUCCUCCCCCACCCCCAGUUCUCCGACCGCUGCCUCUACGACUCCGUCGCCGACCAGUGGCGCUCCGUCUCCCUGCCCUCUUCCUUCGCCGUUGCCUGCUCCCCCUCCUCCCUUCUCCUCUCCUCCGCUUCCGGUCUACUCUGCUUUUCCCUUGGCCGCUCCGCUGUAUUGGAUUUUUGAGCCUAUUUAGGGUUUGGGCCAAACUCGGUCCGGCUUAUACUUUGCUGGUCUUAAAGGCUGGGCUGUUUUUGGAUAUGAGAUUAAAUUAGGGCUAGCGAGCAAUUGCACGCGUUACGACAGUUUUAACAGGUCCGUUGGACCAGCGGUUAACCCAGUGGAGCCUUCCGCCCGUGCUCGCCCGUCGUCGCCCACGUUUGCCAGUGCUCGCGAUUUCCGCCGAGAAGCAGCCCGCUUUUCUUCCUCCUCCUCUUUUUUUCGCGGGCAGAAACGCCGGCAUCUAGAGUUCCCUCGUCUCGACGCGCGCAGUGGCUCCUGGGUGACCGAGGAAGAUGGUGUUUACAUAGGGUUCUCCUAUUUUCCCCUUGAAUCGGGUGAGACGUUAAGAAGAGAUAAGUGGCCAUGUUCGAUGAUUCAGAUACCAUUGAUGAUUUUCUUUUUCCCACGGAGACUACCACAGGGCGACAGUUGGGCAAGUUUCGCCCUAAAGCUCGUGCUAAAACUGUCAAGGUUGUCUCUGCUUCUACCAAAACUUUAGAUGUUGCCCAUGGUGCAUCUGCUUCUUUGGAGCCAGUGGCUCUUGAUUCUCAUUCUGAGAUUGAGACAGAGCGACCCCAUCUCCAACCUUGCACUUCUAGUGGCUCUAUAAUGACCUGUCAGAAUGGAUCCACGACAGAAACUGUACCACAACGUAAGGUCACACAGACAGAAUCUGGAGCAUCCCAAGGUAAACAUGCGGAUAAUUUUCAGCUGAAUAAAGAAAAUUUGUGUCAGCUGAAUAAAGAAAAUUUGUGUCAGGAUGAAAAUACAAGCCUAAGUUUGAACACAUCCAAUGAUGAUCCCCUACAGCUUACAGAGGUCAUGUUCAAUGAUUUGGAUUCUGUUGAUGAUUUUCUUUGUCCAAUGGAGACUACCAAAGGACAACAAUUGGGCAAGUUUCGUCCUAAAGUUCGUGCUAAAACUGCUAAAGUUGUUUCUGCUUCUACCAAAACUUCUGAUGAUGCCCAACGUGUGGUGUCGGCUCCUUUAGAGUCUAUUGCUUAUGAUGCUCAUUCUGAGCUUCAGAUUGAUACAACCUGUUUCCAGUCUUGCAUGUCCAGUUGCUCGACAGUUUCGGGUCAGCACAGAUCCAUGCCAGAAUCAGUACAGCAACCAGAGGUCAUGCGGACAGAGCUAGUAGCACCCCAAGAUAAACAUGCAGAGAGUUGUCAGCUGAAUGAGGCAAAUUUGUACCAGGAUGAAAACACAAGCUUAACUUUGAGCGCUUCAGAUGAUGUUCCUUUAAAGACUGUAGAAGUUGGAAAAGUAAGCAAAUUCAAACCCAAAGUGACCAAGCUACCUUCGAAAAAGGCAACAGUAAAAUCUGUUUCUUUUAUCCUUCCUGAUGCUUCCUGUUCUGCUCCUGUGGAAUCAAUUUCUGCUAUGGACACUUCCUCCAUACAAGCGACAAUCCAUAGCCCUGCAGAUAACCCUUUGCACACUUCAGAUACAGCGUCAGACUGGAAUGGAGAACAUCAAGUAGAUUAUGCAAGGAUAGGAGAAGAGAAUAAUGGAGAAAAUGAGCUUCAAAGAGUUCCCGAGAGCAUUGACGUGAUGUCUGAAUUUCAAUUUAUUGAGGAACCUAACCCCCAGAACCUGAAGAGAACUACUUCAGAAAAUGACACUAAUGCCGGUGCUACGAAAUCUACUAGAAAACUGAGAAAGAGGACAGUCAAAAGCAAGGCUGGCAAACUUGAAGGAAGUAUUGAUGGUGAUUGUGGUGCUGGAGUCGAUGAAAGUCAAAGCAACGAUGGACAAGAGGAUGAGAAUAUGCCAAAGCCAAAGAGGGCUAGCAAAAAAAGGAAAGGACAGACAACUGAAGACCCAAAACCAGCAAAGAGGGGCAAGAAAGUCUCUUCAACAGCUACUUCAGAAAAUGACACUAAUGCCGGUGCUACGAAAUCUACUAGAAAACUGAGAAAGAGGACAGUCAAAAGCAAGGCUGGCAAACUUGAAGGAAGUAUUGAUGGUGAUUGUGGUGCUGGAGUCGAUGAAAGUCAAAGCAACGAUGGACAAGAGGAUGAGAAUAUGCCAAAGCCAAAGAGGGCUAGCAGAAAAAGGAAAGGACAGACAACUGAAGACCCAAAACCAGCAAAGAGGGGCAAGAAAGUCUCUUCAACAGCUGAUUCUUCUGUUGAGGAAUCAUCUAAAAAGAAGUUCCCUCAUGCUACUAGGCGAAAGAGAAGACAAGUGAACAAGAUUUUGCUUCAAACACCUGAAGAGGAGAUCGACCGAAGACAGAUUUGCAUAAAGGACCUAAUAAUGCUUGCAGAAGCUAAGGAGCGUAUAUCUACAAAGGAACCGACUGCAACCGGUAAUUUAUUCUCGAAUCAGAGUUCCUUGGAUGACAAUGGUCUUUUUGGUGACGAUGAAGAAAUGUCCCGUUGUGGUGGAGCCAAAAGUUACCCCAAUGAGCCAACUACAAAGAAAUUGAACUAUCAUUCAUAUUCAAAUCGGCUUCCAACUGUCAGAUGGUCAAAAGCAGAAACUCAGUUGCUUUAUGAGGCUAUUCGGCAAUUUGGAUCGGAUUUUGAAAUGAUACAACAGUUGUUCCCUAAUCGCACACGACAUCAAAUAAAGCUAAAAUUUAAAAUUGAAGAGAGGAAACAUCCUUUGCAAGUUCGUGAUGCUUUAUUUCAUCGUUCUGAAGAUUUUUCACAUGUUAUGCAAGUAAUUAAGAUUGUCCAAGAAAAGGCCGAGACAUCAGCAAAAGAAGAGACAAAUGAUGAUCAGGAAAAUGCAUCACCAUGUAACGUUGAUACAAAUGAGAAAGAAGCAGAAGGCAUUGUUGAUGAAGGAGAUGAUUAUGGAGGUAAAUAUGAAGAUGCUGGCUAUCCAGAUUUUGAUGAGCAUGAGUGGGAUAGCUGUACUUACCGUCGUGAGAAGGAAGAAGAUUCGAUAUGGGAUUUCUGAAUUAUUUUUCUGAACGUAGUGAUCUCUUUUCUAUCAAGUACGAUUGAAGUUAAAUCCAUCUCCUACCUUCAUCGUUUGACAAUCUCUUUCAUACAAACACUACUAACAUUUUAGCUGAUCAAUUUUUGCUUCUCAUUCACAACUGGCCUUGUGUUCCAGUUGUAGUCUUCCCCCCAUGUCUACAAUUAAAUCCAUACAAAUUGUGUGAAUUGCUCCACGGAGCAAGAAUUCAUAUGCUCUGUAGUCACGAUCUUGAAACACUUCAGAUUUCAACUUGUAUUUUGCCAUCAUAAGCAGUUUUAUUUACAUUGCUUUUUAAUGCU